AUGGUUGUUGGAUCAGCGUCUUACCCAGGGAGGCAAGUGCUCCAUAAAAUGCAACCAAUGGGCAUGACUCCUCGCGAGCUAUCAGAAUAUGACGAUUUGGCAACAGCGCUUAUUGUGGAUCCUUACCUUGGCAUCACGACACACAAAAUGAAUAUCCGUUAUAGACCUUUGAAGACAAACAAAGAAGAACUGAAGAAUAUCAUAAAAGAAUUUAUUCAAACACAAGAUUAUAAUAAAGCCUACUCCAAAUUAGCUAAUGGUGAAUGGAUGCCACGACAUUUUAGUAAAAACAAACAUCAGCAGACCAAAUUACGCGAACAUAUAUACCGUUAUUUGCGAAUUUUUGAUAAGAAGGCUGGAUUCGUUAUAGAGCCAUGUUAUAGAUAUUCAUUAGAAGGUAGAGUUGGAGCUAAGAUUUCAACAACUAAAAAAUUUUACAAGCAUGAGAGGAUUGACUUUUUGGUUGGCUGUAUUGCUGAAAUGACAGAAGAAGAAGAGAAACAAUUAUUACAUCCAGGAAAGAAUGAUUUCUCAGUGAUGUACAGUUGUAGAAAAAAUUGUGCCCAGUUAUGGCUUGGUCCAGCAGCAUACAUAAAUCAUGAUUGUAGACCAACAUGCACUUUUGAGGCUACUGACCGAGGUAAAGCAUUUGUUCGGGUGCUUAGGGACAUAGAGGUUGGUGAAGAAAUCACCUGUUAUUAUGGUGAAGAUUUUUUUGGAAAUGGAAAUUGUUAUUGUGAAUGUGAAACUUGUGAAAGACGAGCAAAAGGAGCAUUUUCAAUGGAAAGUGCUCACAAUGACGAACAAGCCACUAGAUACCGCUUUAGAGAAACAGAUAAUAGAAUUAAUAGGACAAAAGCAAAACAAACUCAAAAAACAGCAAAUGGUAAAAACCCUGAUAAACCUCGAAUAACCAGUAGGCAAAACUCAAAUAACAUAGUGUCUCCACUUAGUAUGAAAGAAAUGAAACAGAAAGGUUUAACUAAAUAUGAUGCUGAACUUUUGAUAGCUCAAGGGUGUAUAGCCGAUGUUAUGGACGGACACAGCGAUAAAGAAACCCAAGGAAGCAGAGAAUCUUCUACUUCUAGUCGAAGUGACCGUUUAAGGCGGCGUACAGAUAGUGUUCGUGCUAUAAAUGGAGAGGUUCCAGCAGGUAAUAUCAAGAGAGGAGCACCACCGUCAAGAUGCUGUAGCACAACCAGUUCACGUAGCAGUCGAGAUUCUCACUCUGGUAUAGUUUUGAGGAGUCACAAACGUCUCUUAGAGACAUGUGCACAGCCCAGUUGUCCAAAAGCUGGAACUGGUCCUAAAGUUGUGUCUGAUAUUAAAUUGGAAAGGAAUGUAAAUACACCAAAAGAGGAAGCAGAUUUACCUAACACACUAGAUAUGAAUAAAUUGGAUAUUAAAUCUGAACCUACUCAUGACGACAAAGAAGAAUUAAAGUUUGAGCCAGAUUCUAUGCAUAUUAUUGAUACCCAUUUAGAUUCUAAAGGUAACAUUUGUGAUAGAAAGGAAUCUCCACAACUAAGGACAGAAUUAAAUCCUGAUAUAAAAGUUAAGACAGAGACUUUAGAAACAGUUGCCGAUGUCCAAGAACAAGACGUAGAUGUUAAUUGUGAGAAUGAUAAUGCAUGUUUAAAAAGUGAGAUUGACUUUAGAGAAAAUGUGAACCCCAGUGAGCAUAUAGAUAGCAAGAUGGGCAAAAUACAAAAAGUAGAGGUUACAGACAGGUCUGAAGAGAUAAAAAAAGAAUCUGAUUCUGGACCACCUUGGCUGAUAGAUAACUCAAAUAAAAGUGAGUAUCCUUGUACUCCACCACGUAAAGGUUUAAAGCUGACUCUACGGGUCAAGAGGAGCCCUGUUGUAGAGGAGGUGAUGGACUGUGGGGGUGGAACUGAGACACCUGAGUAUGAAGUAUUAAGAUUAGAAGGUGUUGAUCCAGAAACAGCACGACGUUUAAAGAAACGGCGUCGAUCUAAAGAACGGCACCGCAAACAUAACACCGUCCAUCCCGCGCCUCCAACGAAGCGUUUAAGAUUAAUAUUUGGCAAUGAAAGUCGUACUAUAGACUUGCCACGAGCUAUUUCAGCAGACUGACAGCCGCAACUACCUUAUGGUUAUUUUUCCACCGUUAUUAUCCAAUUAUUAGUUAAAUUGACACUGACUAGAAUUAAUCUAUCUAGUAUUUAUUUUGUGAUGUGAAGUUCUGAAUUUUGAGUAUUGUGUGAUAGGCAUCAGAUUUUAUUUGAUGAUUCCAAUAUUUAUUAAAAUGAAAUGUCGAAACAUUGUUACUUAUUGUUUAAUUAGCACAAGUUAUUUUAUGUCCUAUUUUGUCUCAAUUUUAGAAACAUUUGGUUACAAAAUGCUGUUUUUGUAAAGUUAUUCACAUUGUAACAAUUUAUGACUAGUAUUAGGAUAAUGUAUGUACAAAAGAGUUGUGUUCGAUAUCAAUGUUUAUUUUCCCAAAAUUCAACCCAUUUGACAGGAGCAAAUAUGGCUUUUAAAAUAUGUUACAGACCAACGUUUUUAUAUCAUCAGUCCAACCUGAUGUGUGAUUAUUUAUUAUUUUCUGUAGAUGCCUAUGAUUUUUAUUGUUUGUACAGUUUGACCUUGACUGUCUUAUUAUAAUCAUGAUCUAUGUAUGUAUGGAAUGUGGAAUUGGAUUUCCCUAACGUUAGGUUAAGAGUGACAACAGACGGCGAAUUUACAUUUAUGUGUUGCACCUAACAAAAUGUAUGUACUUAGUUACACUUGAAGGUUUGGCUCGAAAUGGCCGAUAUAGGUAAUAGAGACGAGCAGAAUUUGUCGGCCUCGCAUCUUGCGCUGCCAUCUAUUAUCACUCUAAAAUAUUCAUUAUUGUUAGGGAUAAUAUAGACAAGCUCAUAUAAGUAGUUUUGAAUUUUUAUAGGCAAAAGGACUUUAUUGCACACUUCAGUGUGAAUUAUGAAAUUGGUCUUUGAUGCAUUUGCAUUAAUUAAGCCAUUGGAGAAUAUCACUGAUGCUACAUAGUGUGGUAGAAUAAUAAUUAAAAGUAUGAUUCAUGUCACACUCAGGCUUUGAAAAUGUAAAAUAAUAAAAUUUAGAAAACCAAGAGCCUUGGAGUGAAGAAAAUAUGUAUUUUGGGCGUGGCACCAUUUCUCCAGUUAUGCUCACGUUACUGGUGAACCUGAUGUAUGAUCUCCAUUACAUUGUGGCUACGCGAGCAUAAUUAUGUUACGACUUAUGAGGAAGAGGCAAAUAAAACAUAUUUUUGCUGAAUGUAGAUAGUUAUAUCUUCAGCUACAUAAAAAUGUAGUUUUUUUUAUGUAUUUAGUUCUCCAUGUAAUUAUGUUAAUAGGAUAUGAUGUAACAGGAAUAAUUCUGGACUGGUGAGAUUUUUUCUUACAAAAUUUUACAAUGUACAUACUUAAUUUACUGUAUUGGUCAUAUUAUGAUGUAUUUAUUUUAAAAAGAAACGAAAACACAUUUUCUGUGCAGUGCUGUGGCUUUAUUGGUUUACCUAAUCUGUAAAUUAUUACGCUAGUGAAAUCUAGCUUUUGUGAUAUUUAUAUUGGGAAAUAUAUGUAAAAUAAUAAGCUGUAAGAUAGACAAAACAAGUUGCGUAUGGUUGACAAGUAAGCCAUUAUUAAAUAUUCUAAUUUGAAUAAUUACCACAAUAAAUUGCCUCAUGAUUCA